GUUUUAGAGGGCACGUUUUCCAAUGGUAACCAAGUCACACACUUGUGGUGGCCUAACUUGCUUAACCCAAGUUGUAACAUUUGGAGGACAACCAACUCUUAGAUGGCCUUGUGGCUUCUGACUAAGCAUUGUUCCCUAUGGAUUUAUCUCCUCCACAAUGCUGGAACAGAUAUCAUCAAAACUCUUUUCUACGGAUUUUUUACCAAAGGGAGUUUUCCUUGUGGUUGUGGGGUAUUGUACUUAAAAUGGUUCGAAGGCUAGUUUUGUAAGAUGUGAUGUGCUCUUGUGCCUAUUUGUAGGCCUGUUAUAAAUAGGUUUGGCAGGGUACGCAUGCUCAUGUUUGUUUGGAAAUUGCACAGUGCCUUGAGCCGGAGAGAGUGGUGGGUCCUUAUACAAAGAGACAAAAGGAAAGCUAUGAAUGCUGCUAUCUCCCAGAUUUAGACCAUAACAGAUUACAGCCACAGAAGAAAACCUAAUUUCUUUGUUGGAUGUACAUCAUCAUCUGUUGCCUUCUCUGAGGAAGUUUCUCCUGGGAAUUUAAGUUUGAAAGAGAAACGGUAUCUGUUGGAGAAUGAGUUCCAGGAGGCUGAUGACCCGCUCCUACUCUGCGGGGGACGGGAGGUCCAGCUCCCACAAUGGAGAUGAUGUCAUAGGGAGUAGCAGAGCCAGCAGCCGCAGCUACCUCUCUGAUGUCAGGCCUGAAAACAGCUACUCCAGUCACAGCUAUUCUCAGUACAGGCCAUCAAGGAGCACACUACAUUGUGUCAUGGCACAUUUAACGGAGGAGACCCAGCCAUCCUUUGAGACGACAUUAAAGUCAAGAGCCGUAUCUGAAACCUGUAGCAUCAAGUUCACCUGUGAGGUGUCAGGUCACCCCGCUCCAGAAGUGACAUGGUAUAAAGAUAAUUUGCAAUUGGACAGAUACUGUGGACUACCUAAAUACAACAUUUCCCACAAUGGAAAAAACCAUUCACUGCACAUUUACAAUUGCACUAUGGAGGAUGCAGCCAUCUACCAGGCGUCAGCCAGGAACAACAAAGGCAUUGUGUCCUGCUCUGGAGUCCUUGAGGUGGGGACGAUGAGCGAAUACAACAUCCACCAGCAGUACUUCGCCAAGAUUAAACUGAAGGCCGAAAACACACGCAGAGAGCUGGAGGAGCCCAAGCCAUGGGACAAGGAGAACCACGGGUCUCCUGGUAGUCGGCAGGAAACACUGAGGACCAUCAGUCCAGACCGGUCCCAGAGGAAGCGACGGUCCCCAUGGACCCCAGCCUCAGUGCCCCCAGCUUUAUGGAGGAUGAAGUGGUUGAGGAGAGCACUCAGGCUCAUGCAGGGAGGCAGAUGCCAGGCUACAGGACACACCCGUGGUGGGAGAAGAAAACGGGAAUCUAACAGGGCUGGGUCUUCCAAUGUCAAUGGACAGGCAGCCAUUACAGAAAAUAGCAGCAACAAAGGCCGGACAUAUGUUUACGAUUCAGUGCAGAAGUCUUUUGCUCCACACACACCAAAAGCAUCACUGGCCAAGAAGAAGAUAAAGAUCUCCAAUGGAGAGGAUAGUGGGAUGACGGCUGAUAGCCAAGCCGGGAAGAAGCCAGAGGAGAGAGGGAUGAGUGAAGAAAGAGAGGUCAGUAGGACACCCUGUCUGGUUGAGUCCUCACCCUCACUGGGGUCAUCAGAAGAGGCCCUGGAAGUGGAGAGUGCUGUUGAAACUUCAGCCUCAGAGAAUGUAAAAUACAUGAAUCAGUCUGAGAGAGCCCCACUGAACAACACUGUGUCAGUAAUGGAAGAAGUGAAGGUCCAAGUGAAGGAGAAAGUACCUGUACAAACCCCACCACACAACGGAGAGCCUAGCAUCCUGUCUACUUCUACUGGGCUCCUCUCUACAGGGGAAACCAUCUCAGGGAAUAAGAGUCAGAAUGCUGCAGUGUCUCAGGUGACCCAAAAUGUUGGAAAAAACAAUAUUAUGGGGAGUCAGAGUACAGUUCCUCCUGUCACCUCAUCACAACCAAGUCCUUCAGCUAAACUAAAACCACAACCAAGUCCUUCAGCUAAACUAAAACCACAACCAAGUCCUUCAGCUAAACUAAAACCACAACCAAGUCCUCCUUCAGCGAAAUUACAAUCACAACCACGUCAACCAAGUCCUCCUUCUGUGACGUCACAACCACAACCAAGUCCUUCAGCAAAACCACAGCCACAACCAAAUCCUCCUUCUGCGAAACUACAACCACACCCAUGUCAAUCAAGCCCUUCCGUAAAAUCACAACUAGGCCCAUCAUUGCCACCACAACCAGAUCCUCCUUCUGGGAAACUACAACCACAACCACGUCAUUCAAGUCCUUCAGUAAAACUACAACCAGGUCCCUCAGUAACACUACAACCACAACCAGAUCCUCCUUCUGCGAAACUACAACUACAACCACAACCAGAAAUACGUCAACCAAGUCCUUCAGAGAAACUCCAAGCAAGUCCUUCUGCGAAACUACAACCACAAUCACAACAGAGUCCUUCUGCGAAACUACAACCACAACCACGUCAACCAAGUCCUUCAGAGAAACUCCAAGCAAGUCCUUAUGCGAAACCACAACCACAAUCACAACACAGUCCUUCUGCGAAACUACAACCACAACCACGUCAACCAAGUCCUUCAGAGAAACUCCAAGCAAGUCCUUAUGCGAAACCACAACCACAAUCACAACAGAGUCCUUCUGCGAAACCACAACCACAAUCACAACAGAGUCCUUCUGCGAAACUACAACCACAACCACGUCAACCAAGUCCUUCAGAGAAACUCCAAGCAAGUCCUUAUGCGAAACCACAACCACAAUCACAACAGAGUCCUUCUGCGAAACCACAACCACAAUCACAACAGAGUCCUUCUGCGAAACUACAACCACAACCACGUCAACCAAGUCCUUCAAUGAAAUUACAACGACAACCACUUCAACCAAGUCCUUCCCCGAAUUUACAACCCCAACCAAGUUCCUCUGUCACACCACAACCACAAGCAAGUCCUUCAGUAACAACUCCACAGGUUUUGAGCAACACACCAGAGGACAUUAAAAUCCAUCAAAGCAACGUAACAGACAUGGAGGUAGACGAUAAGCCUUCUGUCCUGGAACACCUAAACAGCACCACUACUCCCCUAAAAGGUCAAACUGAAUGCCCGGGGAAGGAUUCAGCAUCAGUGCUUGAGGUGCUAAACUCAGAUACGUAUUCCAUUCAUGGAACUGGAACUGCAGUUGAAGUUGCUGGGGAAUCAGUGGAGUCAGUACUAACAUCACCCUGUAAGAGCAGCGAGGCUGUCUCUGCCUUGCCUCAGCGUCUGUGUGAACAGUCAGGAGAUAAGGUGUCUGUGGAGGAAACAAGCACGUGCCUAAAGAAUGUGUCUUUGUCUCGGCUGCCUGCGCAGCUGCACGGGGAGGUUACACAGAACCACAGACAGACAGAGAGAGAGUGGAAGGGAACACCUGUCGGGCAAGAACCUGUAAUACUAACCAUCCGGAGAAAGCUGGACGGACAAUCACCUUCGCCACGACAACGUUCUCCAUCGUCAUCGGAUAGAGAAGUCACAGCAAAUGCCAACAAACGGUCUCCUACUUUGCACAAUCCUCCGAGCCAAUCGUCCUCUGACAAAAUGACGCAGGGCACACAGGAUCAUUCCAGGGGAUCAAAUGAGAGCUAUACAUUACCUUUUACAGAGCCACUAAAGUCACCCCUGGAAAGCCCGGGUGUUGGUGAGAAAACCUUGGGGUGUAGUGUUUCCUCAGUAGGCCAGCAAGGCCAAGUUGAGAUAGCUAUAAAAACCGUUGGUGAGACAGAAAUACAAGUUAAAGUACAGGGUAAUAAUUUGGCUGAGAUAUAUGCACAGGGAGGCAGUUAUGAGAGAAGAGCUGACAUGGAAACAGUUUAUAAAGUUAGCAAAGGUCAGGAAGGUGAAAUUGAAAGACUUACGAAAGCACCUGAAAAGAAAACCGUUGAAAGUAUAGCAGUGGCUGUAUGGGAUGAGAAGAGUAUACCUGUGUUGAAGAUGGCAGAAUGCCAAGAUCUUUCUCUAAAUCCCCGCUUUCAGCCUAUUAUUCCAGACACAUCACAGGCGGCUGACACAACAACAAGUGUCUCAAACACAAACAUCUCAGAGCAACAACCAAAAGCCCCAACACCUGUAGCCAAAGUAAUGUCUAUUGCCGAGAUUCUAAGGUCACAAAUGGAGAAAAGUGCCCCUACAGAAGUAAGUCCAGUGCCAUCCAUUUCAGAUGCACCCAUUUCAGUAGCUACCAUUUCAAUGCCCCUUAUACAAAGUCUAAACACAGACCAACAACCUAAAUGUCCCCCAUCCACUGACAUACAGGAUGUGAGAAUGCAAAGUCCAGAGUUGAGGAUGGAUGAGACAGAGUACAGGCAGGAACCUGAGAAAGACACUUGUAAGAAGGAAACUGAUACGUCUGUCGGUUCUAUUUCAGCUUCAAAUGUAGAAUAUAGAUGUAAUACCUCUGAACCAGAACGAGUUGAGUCCCCCAUAGUUACUCCUGUGACUGAAGCCUCACCUAAAGCUUUUGUUAUUCCUCCUAUCUCUAUUGUAGACAUGGACGGCACUUUAGAGAACAGUAAUCCUCCUGUAUGUAUAGUAAUGGACAUUGAAAGUGUCAUGGAUACAGAGCGGGAGCAUCUUUUGGAUCAUAAUGCUGAUAUUAGUCUGGCUGCGGAUAAGGAUGGUCAAAAAGAGUCUUCUCUUGUUAGUCCUGAGCAGAAGUCCUUGGACAUCACAGUUCCUCCUCCAUCCAUUUCAUCUGUUACCUUCCCUGCAGAGAAACAACAAACACUAGAUACAGUCAAAGGGAUGGAUUCUUCACACUCACUUCCUCCAGUGUUCAGCAGUCGACAUGGCAGAGACAAAACGUGUGCUUCUCCCCUUUCGGAGCGUUCAACAGAAUCUAGCUCACUUCCUAGUGCCACUGAGAACCAACGUUUUUCUACACAAAAUACAGCAUUUACAAACAACAUUGCAACCCCAACAUUGCAACCUGUCAGUGAAAAACGGAGAGACUCUUCACCAGAUACUGGCAUGAUUUUAGAUCGGAGUAAAGCAUGCGAACCUGAUGUUCUUCAGCCAGGUCCUCAGACUUUACGAAGGUUUGAUACCAAGGGUUCCCCAAGUAGUGAGACACAAGGGUCAGUACCUGUUCCCACCAUUCCGUUGGAUAGCAAAAGCUCUCCAUCCAAGGAGGUGAAAGUUGAGGAAUAUUCAAAGUCAGACUCUUCAACAUCUGUCUCAGUCACUGAAAGCAGUACUGGCCUGCUGAAGGGAUCAGACAGUGUGUCCCCCAUGCCCUCAGCCACCCCACAGGAGCUGGCCUCCGGCGCUAGACGCAAAAUCUUAAUCCCCAAACCCAAAGGAGAGGACCCUGGAGCUGUUGCUUCACAGAUUGACACCCAGAGCCCCCAGAGAGAGGAGGUCCUCAGGAUGAGCUCCAGGCUAUGCCCAGAGUCCUCCUCUCCCAUGUCCCCUGGGCUGUCCCGCAGGUCGCCCCUGCUGCAGCCCCCCAAUGGCCAGCGCACCCCUCCAACAGAGAGACGCUCCCCACUGCUCAGUAGGAGGAAGCUGGCUCCAACACCAGAGACCCUCAAACAGAGCCAGGAACCUGCCCUGGAGACAACUGACACUACCAAGACUGAGGAGAAACCAGUUGAGAAGGACAAGCAUAACCCAUUCAAAGCUCCUCAGGUCAUCAGGAAGAUUAGAGGAGAGCCCUUCUCAGAUGCGGCAGGACAUCUGAAGCUGUGGUGCCAGUUCUUCAACGUUCUUAGUGACUCCACAAUUAAGUGGAUCAGGGAUGAGGUGGAGAUCGCUGAGGUUAAAAGAAGUGCAGGAGAUGAGAAUCAGGUAGCGUUGGCUAUUGUCCAGACGUCCAGCAGAGACUGUGGAGUUUAUGGCUGCACCAUCACUAAUGAAUACGGGACAGACACAACAGACUUCCUACUGAGUGUUGACAUACUCUCUGGCAUGUUUCUGCGUGAGGAUCAAGAAGUGGGAGAGGAGAUAGAGAUGAGUCCACUACUGUUCACCAAGGGCCUGGCUGACUCUGGCGUCUGGGGAAGUAAGUUCUUUGGGCGUAUCAUGAUGGAGGAGGCCCAUAUAGGAGAAGGCUGCUCCCACAAGGCCUGCAGAGUGAAGGUCAUCUAUGGGCUGGAGCCAGUGUUUGAGUCUGGGACCACAUGUUACAUCAAGGUGAAGAGCCCCAUCGCCUACUACGGAGUCAAGGAGGAGAGCAACUUGGUCGAGAGGAACCUGGCAAUCACCCAACAGGAAUGUAGACUUCAGAACAUCGCUCGUGAAUACUGCAAGAUCUUUGCUGCGGAAUGUAGGGUGAUAGGAACCUUUGGAGAAGUACUGGAAGUGAUCCCAGUCCACCAUAUGUACCGGCCUGCCAACACCAUUCCCCAUGCCACGGUGGAAUCUGACCUGAAGGGGGUCUAUCUGAGGUACUGUCUGAUGGACGCUACGGGCCGGCUGGUCAUGAGAACUGGCUCAGAGGCGGCACUGAAGUGUUGUACUCUGCAGCACUGGAUCCUCCAGUGGACCAAUGGAAACCUGCUGCUCACUCGGAUGGAAGGUGUUGACUUCAAGAUCACAAACGUUGGAAUUUCCAUCAAAUCGAAAGGGUACCAAAGUCUCACGAUCACAGAAAACCCCAAUGUGUUUGAGCAGUUUGUCUCUCAGCACCAGUGUAACUACUACUGCAGCCUCCUCAGCCUGAGGUCCCUGAAGACACAGGACUCCCUGCAGACCCCAGCCAAACCCAAGUGCUCCAGGAGCCCCCUGCUACACCGCAAGAUGGGCGGCUCCUCCAGUCCCCAGCCCUCCAGGAAGGCCACAGGAAGCCCCCGGUUGAUCAGAAAGCCAGCGCAGCCAGAGGACAGCAAAGCCACCGCCAAGCACAAGGCCGUUGAUGUUCCCAAUGUUGUCCGAAGUUAGAAUGGCUUCAUCGGCCGUAGAAAGCAAGCAGCUGCUUUUCUCAAUAAAGAGAAUAAAUGCUGAACCAGAUAUGGAAUUACUGCCAGACAUGUCUUCCCACCUAUAGAGCUUUCGGGGAGCUGGGAGCCGGUCUGGGAUGAAAGGCUGGUGACCCCUCCUACAAGCCGUGACAGACAGACAGACAGACAGACAGACAGACAGACAGACAGACAGACAGACAGACAGACAGACAGACAGACAGACAGACAGACAGACACAGACACAGACACAGACACAGACACAGACACCUGGGUCCCAAAAGAAAGAUGAGAUGAGAAAGAGAAGGCCAGGUGAAGGAAGAACUUGAAUGUUUCCAGAAAUGACAGACACUUCAUCCACAUCUUUUAAUGAAUUCUGUGUUAAAAUAAACAAUGAAAUGCCACCUCAGUUUUAAUGGGCAUGUCGCCUGUUGCCAGAAUCGGAGACAAUGAAAUUAAUGACUACACUAGUUUGUCCUUGAAAUUAUUAAAUUGCACAUUUAUUUCACUAAUGAAUACAUUCUUAAUUUAUUGAGUAGAUCACGUAUAAUUUUAGGCUAAAGCGUUCACAUUAUACAGGGAUUCCUAUUGCAUAUUAGUAAUAAUUUGGAGUAGUAAUUCACAGUAGUAAUUCACAAGGUUAGCACGCCAGCUUGAUUCAGGUCCCAACAACAUGAACAUCUAGGGGAAAUACAUUUAAAGGGAUUGUUGAAGAGUUAAAGGCUAUCUUAAAUGGUGCACAGUGCUCAGGAUAAUAGUUCUGUUAAGAAAACUAUGCCCUAAGAAUGUAGCGUAUAUUGUUUUCCAUGACACUGUGAAUAAAAACGUGGUGCUUUUUAUACUGUAAAUGUGCCUACGUUUUCAUGUUACAGUGUAUGACAUUCGUAGAAAAUGCUCACUGGAUGCAAUGGCUGUAAAUUAAAAUGAAAUAUAUUGAAAUUAAGCCUC